AUGGAAUCUAUUAUGAAUCUCAAAAUCUCAGAACUUCAGAAUCCCAGAACUUCAGAAUCCCAGAACUUCAGAAUCCCAGAACUUCAGAAUCCCAGAAUCUCAGAAUCUCAGAAUUUCAGAAUUUCAGAAUCUCAGAAUCUCAGAAUCUCAGAAUCUCAGAAUCUCAGAAUCUCAGAAUCUCAGAAUCUCAGAAUCUCAGAAUCUCAGAAUCUCAGAAUCUCAGAAUCUCAGAAUCUCAGAAUCUCAGAAUCUCAGAAUCUCAGAAUCUCAGAAUCUCAGAAUCUCAGAAUCUCAGAAUCUCAGUAUCUCAGAAUCUCAGAAUCUCAGAAUCUCAGAAUCUCAGAAUCUCAGAAUCUCAGAAUCUCAGAAUCUCAGAAUCUCAGAAUCUCAGAAUCUCAGUAUCUCAGAAUCUCAAACUUCAGAAUCCCAGAACUUCAGAAUCCCAGAACUUCAGAAUCCCAGAACUUCAGAAUCCCAGAAUCUCAGAAUCUCAGAAUUUCAGAAUUUCAGAAUCUCAGAAUCUCAGAAUCUCAGAAUCUCAGAAUCUCAGAAUCUCAGAAUCUCAGAAUCUCAGAAUCUCAGAAUCUCAGAAUCUCAGAAUCUCAGAAUCUCAGAAUCUCAGAAUCUCAGAAUCUCAGAAUCUCAGAAUCUCAGAAUCUCAGAAUCUCAGAAUCUCAGAAUCUCAGUAUCUCAGAAUCUCAGAAUCUCAGAAUCUCAGAAUCUCAGAAUCUCAGAAUCUCAGAAUCUCAGAAUCUCAGAAUCUCAGAAUCUCAGAAUCUCAGUAUCUCAGAAUCUCAGUAUCUCAGAAUCUCAGAAUCUCAGAAUCUCAGAAUCUCAGAAUCUCAGAAUCUCAGUAUCUCAGAAUCUCAGUAUCUCAGAAUCAGACUUUCAGAAUUUUAA